AACCCCUGCACCGCUCGCAAAGAAAGCCGAGUGUUUACAUCCACUCCUCCACAGGAGAGACAUACAUAAGAAACGGUGCAGCUGCACCCAGUCAACAGCCUGUCAAUCAACAAACCGCACUACAUCACGGGUAGCGAAUACAAAGAAAAAUGACCAACAGUGACAAACAGCCAUGAAUCUUGAGCCACCCAAACCAGAGAUCAAAUCAGCCACCCGUGUCACCGGUGGUCCUGCCACACCACGCAAAGGACCGCCCAAGUUCAAGCAGAGGCAGACUCGCCAGUUCAAGAGCAAGCCACCAAAGAAGGGUAUCCAAGGUUUCGGAGAUGACAUCCCUGGCAUGGAAGGUUUAGGCACUGACAUCACUGUCAUCUGCCCCUGGGAGGCCUUCAACCAUCUGGAGCUUCACGAGCUGGCUCAGUAUGGUAUCAUCUGAGCCCGUUACCUUCCCGUCAUCCUCUGUGCAGUGAAGACCCCUUCCAGUCAUGUUCUCCAAACCACCUGCCUCCAUCCUGGCCAUCGUCUCCAAGUGGACCAUUCCAACUUUUAUAACAGAAUAAACACACAAAACAGCAACAUUUAUAAAAAUGGGAAAACUAAACAACAACAACAACAAAAAAUCUAUCUGACUAUCCAUCCCUCUGGUUUCUUUUCUUUCUUGCAGUCCAAGAACACUUUCUGCUCAAACAAUAGAACAGAAAAGAUCCAGUCAGAUUGCAUUCUGUUUACUUAGAAAAACUGCUGCUCCUUUUCUUUCCUCUCGUCUUCUUUUUCUACUCUCCCUCCCUGUUUUCUUCUGGAACACGAAACAUACAGAAGCAAGAUAGCCUCUGAGUGAGUAAAAGCAUGACACGUGCCCGUGAAAUGCCUGGCUUCUCAUUUCACGUGCCUCGGUGCCUCCUCUGUCCACCUGCGCCGAGUUCAUAAGAAAAGAUCAAAGUCCUGUAGUAGAGAUGAAACACCCUGCUGGCCGACAUUAGAUUUACAAAACUUUACUUCAUCACACUAUUUCCCCAUCAGGCUACCCAAGUGGGUCAUAAAUUUUCAAGUUUCGAUUUUAAAGUUUCAACCUUUUCACUCCCUUUUUUUAAUUUCUGAGUAUUCUGUGUAAGGAUACCCUCAGGAACCAUUCAUUUUUUAAUAUCAUAUUUACUUUGUGCUUUGCAACCCCGUCAUUCAGUGCAUCCAUAUUAGCACCCAUACAAGCACGAUUUCAUUUUUGGCUAUAAUUCUCGGUUUCAGUAAGUCUCUCGGACGACUGUUAGGGAACAGUGUCGGGCUGUCAUGUGUUUCUUUCAUCCGUGAUCAUUUUGUGUAGUUAUUUCGUUUUUCAUCGCCAUCAUCUGUCAUCCUCAUCAUCACAUCCAUCAUUGUGUCCCAUUUUAGUAUCAUUUCUAUCUAAUGUAUUCAUUACUUUCCAUUUGUAUAUUUCAUUGUAUAAUAUUAUUCAUUAUCAUUUAAUCUAUUCAUUUAAACGUCCUGUAUCUUUCAUGCAUUUAUGAUUUUCUACCCAAUAAUUCUUCUAAUUUUCUUUCGCUUUAUUGGCAUUGUGUCAAGUAUGUGUUUAUUUCCCUAUGUUUAUGUUUGUUGCAUGCUCUAUCUUUCACUAUUGUGUUAUAUGUUCAUUCAUUAAUUUGUUCAUCCAUUAGUUUAGUCACAUUCUAGGUUUUUCAUUUUGUAAAAAAAAAAAAAGAAGCCCAUUUCCUGCACAGUCAGAUCCUCAUGUAUCCACAUAUAAAAUUAUAUAUCCAAAGUAAAUUCUAUGAAAAGAUGUGGUUUGCACAAGCAUUAACAUAUGUUACUUUUUGCACAGAUCCUUUAUAUGUGUUAGGAUUGUGUGUCCUUCUGAAUCCUCAAGUUCUGAGUUGUUUAGGCCUGUAUUUUGCAGAUAGUGUUUCAGACUGAACAUGCAUCCGUUUUGAGGGCAUGUUUGGGGGUUGACAA